UCCGUGAUACUGUAGAGAAAUCUUGGCAUGACCACCAUUUCCAGCUGACCCAGGGAUGAAAAGAAAAACAGCAGAGUAUUCGUGGAAGCCAGUACUGCACACCAAAGUUUCUCCAUGUGAUCGAUUUAAACAUGCCUGCUGCAUCUGCAGGGGUUUCCUUUAUGUUUAUGGCGGCCGGCACACCACCACCCUGAGUGACUUCUGGCGAUAUAGGAUAGGCAGUAAUGAAUGGGAAAGGCUGGACAAUUCUGAAAAUGGCCCAGAAGAACUGGAAGAGCAUACAAUGGUGGAGUAUCAGGGUAUCCUCUACAUCUUUGGCGGGAUGGUAGAUUCAGCUUUCACACAGAAGAAGAAUCCUUUCUGGCUAUAUGACACUGAUUCAGCCAAGUGGCUUCAGUGCCAGCUCCCAGCAGUACAGGGUGAGGGAACAGCUCCUUCUAACCGCAAGGGUCAUAGUGCAGUUGUCUACCAGGGCAGCAUGUACAUGUAUGGUGGAUACUUUGACAUUAAAGGUGUUUCCCAAGAAUUCUGGACUUUUUGUUUUGAUACCAAACAGUGGUGCCCAGUACCAGCUACUCUGUAUGGUGGCAGUCCAGGCCCUCGGCACGGUCAUGCAGCUGUGGUUUACAGCAAUGGCAUGUACUUGUUUGGAGGGCUGAUGGGACUGAGUGAGCAAAAAGACUUUUGGAAGUGGGAUUUCAUAGCUACCAACUGGUCUAGCAUCAGAAAGAGCCAGGGGCCUCCCAAAGUGGUGGGACACUCUGCUUUAAUCUUUCAAGACUCCAUGCUAGUCUUUGGUGGAGGAAUUUCUAAUACUGAGCCAAGCGGCGGACUGUGGAAAUACCACUUUCCUUCUGAGAUGUGGAAAAAAGUAGCUAGCCCAAAGGAUGGAAAUCCUUCAUCCAAAGCUUAUCACUGCCUCCUGGGACUUGGAUGUGAUUUCCAGGAGAUGGCUGACUCUUCAUCUGUAUCGCUCAACUACUGUUUGCGUCGGAAAGAAAAACGUUGUUCAAAGCUACUAGCCAUCUCAAAGCAGCACUCCUGUUUCUGCGAGUACCUGCAGCCAGAGCCGACAUACCGAGCCUUCAGCAAUGACGACGGUGAUGCAAUCGAAAUGAGCACCUUUUACCAACCUUCAAAGGAGCCUGGAUUCUGUUCACUCCAGACCACUUCCGAUGCAGAACUCUGUGCAAUCCAGCCAGCAGGCCUCUUGUCCAAGAAAGAGAAAAUCUCAUACCUCAAUCUUUCAAUGGAACAAGGUCAUGUCGCCCUCAACGUUCCAGAGAAGGAGGCAGGCUUCAGCUGUCUAAACCCGGACUGUGUGGGUAUUGGUGAGCUCUCUGCUGUCCUGCUUGUCGUUGGUGGUAAACCUUUCUCUAGUUCUUCUGCAAUCUCAUUUUGGCAAAUGGAGCUGGAUAGAAUUUAAAUGGCACGCAUACCGAGCAGGGAGACAACUGUGCCUAGAAUGAAUGAAGACGAAGCCCCGGAGACGACCACUCAUACUGAUUAGUUGGUUAUUACAAAAGCAAAGUGGCCAUUUGAACGAGUGAUCGUCUUCACAAGCGGCCCAAGGGUCACUCUACAUUCAGACAGAAUACUUGGGAAUGACAGUUUGAACACGCUGUCCUGCAGUCUCUUCUUAAACUGCAUUGUUUGUACCCUUUCCCCCUUCAACGAACUUGCAUACUGAACACAUACAUUUUUUUGCGUGCAGGUUGUUCAUGCAGAAGAAUCCAGAAGACCUGCUGAAUGUUACAAUUUCUAUACUUAACAUUUGGGACUGUUACCUUAGGAUCCUUACAAUAACCCUGUAAUGAAGGGCAGUAUUAUUCCUAUGUGUGGUUAAAAAAAGAAAGAAAAGGACUUGACGGCAGUCAGGUCAUUUCGUAGAAAAAGAGGUGCA